UGGGUUCUUUGAAUCUCUCUAUAAAAGCAGAGCCAAACAUCUCUGUGGUGCACAUUGAGUGUAACUGAGCUGUCUACAAUGAGCAUCCUUUGGCAUAUCACUUGUCUGCUACUGCUGCGUUCCUGCGCCCCAGGUUUCUCUAUGCAUGAUGGCAUUGUUGGCGGUAAAGUCUCCGUUCCACACAGUCGACCCUACAUGGUCUACAUUCGUGACAAGUUUACAAGACAAGCAUGUGGUGGUUUUUUGGUAAGAGAGGAUUAUGUGAUGACAGCCGCCCACUGCAUACAAAGUAAUCUUAUGGCAUAUUUGGGGGUCGAUAACAACAACCAUUUACCUGACGGUGUAGAGGUAGAUCCCAUUCCACAUCCAAAAUUCAAUAUGAAGAGAAAAGGUCAUGACAUCAUGCUUCUAAAGCUCAAAACCGCAGCAAUUUUGAACAAAAAUGUGAGUACUAUCGCUUUGCCAAAACCUGAGAAUGAAAAAAUCUCAAAGGACUGCAUGGUCAUAGGUUGGGGCUGGCAAGAUUACCAUAACGAGUCUCCUUCAAAUGUGCUCAAAGAAGCAAACGUGACUCUGAUAGACUCUGAAAACUGUGGCACGGCUGACACUCUGUGCACUGAGGGAUCAACUGGACCAGCACAGGGAGACUCUGGGGGUCCACUUGUUUGUGGAGGUGUUGCACAGGGAAUUGUGUCAUUUUACAAAAACCACACAAAUGCAGACUACCUCACAGUGUACACUCAUAUUUCCAACUACUUUUCAUGGAUUCAUGACAACAUGAAACCACCUACUCAGCAGCAAUAUGAAACAUGGAAGGGCAAGCUGGAUAAAGUCUUGUAGUUGUCUGGUUCAAUGCAAGUUCUAUCAUUUAUGUUUGGGUUUAGUUUUACACCAAUCAUGUGUAGAUGUGUAGGUUUUAAA